GAUAAGAAAAUGGCUACAAGGAUCAAAACCAGAAUCUCAUCAACGUUAAAAGAUAUUGGAAAUCAUAAUGUAAUGAUUCAAGUCAGAAAAAAUCCAAAUGUUAAAGAAUUUCCUGCUCAUUCAUCAUUUCUAUGA